GCCGGAGCAUUGUGGGAUUGGAUGAGUCUCAAGAUGGACAACCGGGAUGUUGCAGGAAAGGCCAACCGCUGGUUCGGGGUUGCGCCCCCAAAGUCUGGAAAGAUGGGCUUGAACGUCCUUUAUCAGGAGGAGCUCAUCGCUCAGAAGAAGCGAGAAAUUGAAGCCAAAAUGGAGCAGAAAGCCAAACAGGAUCAGAUGGCCAGCCCGCCACCCCCCCAUCCUGGAGAAAUGGCAAAGGCACACCAUUCUUCCUGCAUUUCCAACAAGUUUGCCAACGACGGCAGCUUCCUGCAGCAGUUUCUGAAGCUGCAGAAGGCCCAGACAAGCCCCGACCCACCCCCCAGCGCGCCCCGCAGUGCUCCCCCGCCCAGCACGGCGCGGCGGCCUCUGCUGCUCAGCAAGCGGCCCAGCCUGGGGCUGGGCACCCCGGGCCCCACCAGGAGCUACUCGCACGCCAAGCAGCUGCCCGUGGCCCAGCGCCCAAGCAUCUUCCAGUCCCCCGAUGAUGACGACGACGACGAUGAUGAGGAGCAGUGGCUGGAGAUCAAAGUUUCACCCCCAGAGGGAGCCGAGACUCGGAAAGUGAUAGAGAAAUUGGCCCGCUUUGUGGCGGAAGGAGGCCCCGAGUUAGAGAAAGUAGCUAUGGAGGACUACAAGGAGAACCCCGCAUUUGCGUUUUUGCACGAUAAGAACAGCAGGGAAUUCCUGUACUACAGGAAGAAGGUGGCCGAGAUUAGAAAGGAGGCGCAGAAGCCACAGGCCGCCUUGCAGAGAGUUUCACCCCCAGAGGACGAAGAGACCAAGAACCUUGCAGAAAAACUGGCCAGGUUCAUAGCAGAUGGGGGUCCCGAGGUCGAGACCAUCGCCCUCCAGAACAACCGUGACAACCAGGCCUUCAGCUUCCUUUAUGAACCCAACAGCCAGGCGCACAAAUACUACCGGCAAAAGCUGGAGGAGUUCCGCAAAGCCAAGGCGGGCCCCGCAGGCGCCCCCGACCCCAGCCUCAAGCGCAAGUCCCCCCCCAAGGCCUCCUUGGGGCCUUCGCCGCUGGCCAUCACCUGCCCCGCCUCGUCGGCCCCCUCGCCCGCCGUCACCCCCACAGCCGCCCUCCCCGGGAAGCCCGCCCCCACCCCCACGGUGAAGAGGAGGCGGAAGAGCCGCUGGGGGCCCGCGGAGGACAAGGUGGAGCUGCCGCCCGCAGAGCUGGCGCAGCGGGACGCGGACGCCUCCCCCUCCCCCCUGUCAGUGCAGGACCUCAAGGGGCUCGGCUACGAGAAGGGGAAGCCGGUGGGGCUGGUGGGCGUCACCGAGCUCUCAGACGCCCAGAAGAAGCAGCUGAAGGAGCAGCAGGAGAUGCAGCAGAUGUACGACAUGAUCAUGCAGCACAAGCGCGCCAUGCAGGACAUGCAGCUGCUGUGGGAGCGCGCGCUGCAGCAGCACCAGCACGGCUACGACAGCGACGAGGAGGUGGACAGCGAGCUGGGCACCUGGGAGCACCAACUGCGGCGCAUGGAGAUGGACAAGACCCGCGAGUGGGCUGAGCAGCUGACCAAGAUGGGCCGUGGCAAGCACUUCAUCGGGGACUUCCUGCCGCCCGACGAGCUGGAAAAGUUCAUGGAGACCUUCAAGGCCCUGAAGGAGGGCCGAGAGCCGGACUACUCAGAGUACAAGGAGUUCAAGCUGACCGUGGAGAACAUCGGCUACCAGAUGCUGAUGAGGAUGGGCUGGAAGGAGGGCGAGGGGCUGGGCUCCGAGGGCCAGGGCGUCAAGAACCCCGUCAGCAAAGGGACCACCGCCGUGGACGGCGCGGGCUUCGGCAUCGACCGGCCGGCCGAGCUGUCCAAGGAGGACGACGAGUACGAGGCCUUCCGCAAGCGCAUGAUGCUGGCCUACCGCUUCCGGCCCAACCCGCUGAACAACCCCCGGCGGCCGUACUACUGAGCGUGGCGUCCCCGUGCGUGGAACUGUCCUGCAUCUCCACGCGCCAUUCCAAGCAUUAAAGUCCCAGUGCUCACCGCCCCG